GUUUUGCAGGUACGUACCCCUCACAAGUCCUUGGCGGAUAAUACAGAGCUCCGAUUACGAGCUGGAACUCUUUCAACAGAGCUUACUCAUGACUCCAAUUUACCAAUUCAGGAAUGCCUCCAUCGAUUUUGUGCGGAAUGCAUUACGACUGCACUUUUUCGUGGGAACAAGGAGUGCCCUACCUGUCGCAAAAAGCUGGUCUCCAAGAGAUCUCUUAGACCAGAUCCAAACUUUGAUUCUUUAAUCGCGAAGGUAACGUUGAAUUCAUUCCAUAACCAACGUUUUAAUCGCCAGAAAUUUCUGGAAAAUACUGCCUCAGCAUUCCUGCAGCAAAGUUGCGGAAUUCUUCCCCUCCCCGAUAUCUCGUAUAAGCUUAGGCAACACCGUUUUGCGAUGGUAUUUUUCAGAUAUGGCCAGACCGAAAAACAUACGAAGACCUCCAAUCAGUUGCUUCGGAAAAAUUUGCCGCUCAAACCAAUAUGGACGCUUUGCGCAGUUCAAUAG